UAUGAGAAACAGUAUAUUUCAGGGAGGUUGUGUCAUAAUUAACUUUUUCCAGAGUUAGAUUUGCUAGUUUUAUAGUGUAUUUCCUCUUCUUCGAGAUAAAGGAAGUUCUAAAUCAGAAGUGGAUUGAAAUCUAAUAAACACGGAUUUUGGGUACCUCAGGCUUGAAGGGGCUCUUUUAUUGAGAAUCGAUGUCUUCUCCUAGGUAAUUGAUCACCGUAGACCCAGGGACACUCGACUCAUCAUUGAGGGAGGGUAAUUAUCAUGAAUAAUCAAAAAGCUGUAGCUGUGCUACUGCAAGAGUGCAAGCAAGUGCUGGACCAGCUCUUGUUGGAGGCGUCAGAUGUGUUAGAGGAGGACAAGAGGGAGGACCAGCGGUGCAGAGCUUCACUCCCCAGCGAGUUAAGAACCCUGAUCCAGGAGGCAAAGGAAAUGAAGUGGCCCUUCGUGCCUGAAAAGUGGCAGUACAAACAAGCUGUGGGCCCAGAGGACAAAACAAACCUGCAGGAUGUGAUUGGCGCCGGGUUGGAGCAGUUACUGGCGUCCCUGAAAGCCUCCAUCCUCGCCCGGGAGUGUGCCACUGCAGCUGCCAUUGUGUUCCUGAGCGACCGGUUCCUGUAUGGGCUCGACGUCUCGGGCGAACUCCUGCAGGUCGCCAAAGGGCUGCACAAGCUGCAGCCAGCAACGCCGAUUGCCCCGCAGGUGGUUAUUCGCCAAGCCCGAAUCUCGAUGCACUCAGAUUUACAGAUUUGCUAUAGUGUGACAUGGAAAUCAAGGUCAAGUGGGAAACUUUUAAAAGCAGAGUAUAUCCUGAGCAGUCUAAUAAGCAACAAUGGAGCAACAGGUACCUGGCUGUACAGAAAUGAAAGCGACAAGGUCCUGGUGCAGUCGGUCUGCAUACAGAUCAGAGGGCAAAUUCUGCAGAAGUUAGGGAUGUGGUACGAAGCAGCAGAGUUAAUAUGGGCCUCAAUCAUAGGAUAUCUGACACUUCCUCAGCCAGAUAAAAAGGGCAUUUCCACAUCACUAGGUAUACUGGCAGAUAUCUUUGUUUCCAUGAGCAGGAAAGAUUAUGAAAAGUUUAAAAGCAAUCCUGAAAUUACCUUGGGCUUGCUGAAGGAGUUUGACCACCAUUUGCUGUCAGCCGCUGAAGCCUGCAAGCUGGCAGCUGCCUUCAGUCCCUACACGCCUCUCUUCGUGCUCACGGCUAUGAAUAUUCGCGGCACAUGCCUGUUGUCAUAUAGUAGUUCUAGUGACUGUCCUCCAGGAAUGAAAGAUUCAUAUCUGUGUGAAGCCAAAGAGGCCUUUGAAAUUGGCCUCCUUACCAAGAAAUGUGAUGAACCAGUUACUGGAAAACAGGAGCUCCAUAGUUUUCUUAAAGCUGCUUUCGGUCUCACCACGGUGCACCAGAGGCUCUAUGGGGAGAUGGAGACGGUCCACACAGCAAGUCAGCUCUGUAGUGAAGCUAUGGGAAAGCUGUAUACUUUCAGUACUUCCUCCAGAAGUCAGGAGAGAGAAGCUGUCUCUCAGGAAAUCAUGUCUGUUAUCACCAGGGUGAAGGAACAGUUACAAGUUCAAGGCUUCUCAAAUUUAGAUGACAAGUCUUAUGUUCCAGAGGGUUUCAAGUGUGGGUUGGAGAAACCCAUCUUGCAUGGGCAAGUGGAUUUCCAAAAAAUUCUUGAAAGCUAUUCACAGCACCACACUUCAGUGUGUGAAAUAUUUGAAAGCACUUGUGGAAACAACAAAAAUAAACAGAAAGGUACAAAAACAGGAGUCUGUAUCACUGAUCUAAAAACACAAACAAAAAACAUAGAUACUGUGAGUACUACUGAGGACAAACCACGUUUUGAAAAAGGCAUGGUAAUAUCUUCCUCCCAAAUGGCUGAGAAUGGUUGGGAGAAACUCAGGAGGGUAGGAAGGAGAAAUUGGGCCGGUUCUGAUGCAUUUCGAGUCUCCGUGGAUGAAGAUGUGGAGACUGAGGCUGAAUCAACAGACCAUAACAGUGGUGGGGGAGCUGUUUUGAACAAGUCUCUGAGCAACAGCCAGAGCUCCAGUUCUUGGAGCAAGUUAUCAGGGUGUAGUUCUUCUAUAAGCUGGGAGGAAGGGAAUUACGAUGUUGGUGAUAUGUCAGCCAGAAGAGAGCCUAGCAAGGAAGAACAUCAUGUGGACACUCAGUGUUCCACUGCCCUGGCAGAAGAACUGGAGGCCGAUGGGGAGAGCAGAGCUGUACAUCCACUGUCUUCAGAGCUUCAUGGUCUCUCUCUCCAGGUGUCCAGGGAUGACAGUUUAGAGUCUUCUCAAAGUCAACUACACAAGCCCAUGCCCUUGACAACUUUUCCUCCUCAUAACACAGCAGGCACUUUGUUGGCCUCAGGUGAAGGGCUGUUAAAAGGAGCUCCAGAAGGUAUGUGGGAAGCUGGAAAUGUGGGGUCCAGAAAUAAUUCUGCUCAUUCCAGACCCUCAUUUGGUUCUGCUUCUUGGUCUUCUGAUUCUGGUUGGCCCAAGAACAUGGCCACAUAUCCUUCGAUCCAAGAAGAAGAAACCUUUGAAAUAAUUGAUAAGUUUCCAGAAAUCAACUGUGACGCCAAAGACAGGCAUGAAGAGAAGAGAGAAGAAAUCAAAGGAGACAAAGGUCCCACAUUUAAAGGUAGCCCCUUCUGGGUUGACCCAGAGGAAGAAACAGCAGAGAGAGCAGAAGAUAUGCCCGUAGACUUCCACAUAGUUGUGGACGAGCCUCUGGGCAAAAGUUCCAUGAUAGCAUGUAGCACUUUCACUCCUCAUUGGCUUGUACAAAAUCCUGACUCAAGGAAAAGUGGUGGCUCAGUCAAAGAGCAGGGCAUUGACCCUGAUGCCUCCACGGUGGAUGAGGAGAGCCAACUGCUGGACAGCACAGAUGUUCAUGCCACAAGCAUACAUGGCUCUCACAGACCAUGUGCUCUGAGGGAGCUGCGUGUUCAGGGAGCCCAGAUCCCCAGUUCCUCGGUAAGUGGUAACACUUCCAUCCCUGUCCUCAGCAAGGACUGCACUACCACAGAGGAAGCAAAUGAACCUGGAAACCUGCUAAACUGCAGCCAGAGCUCCAGCUCGUCCUUGGCAUGGUGGUUGGAAUCACCCGCAAUUUCCAGUGGUUCUUCUGAGGGAGAAAACCCAUGGUCCUUUCUGAAUUCCAGUGGCAGUUCUUUUGUUUCAUUGCCAGGAAUGACAACGCAAAAGAUCCUUAAGGCUCGCACCCUGCAGCCUGAUGACUUAGAAAAACUCUUGGCAGGGGUGAGGCAUGAUUGGCUGUUCCAGAGACUGGAGAAUACAGGAGUUUUUAAGUCCAGGCAUCUCCAUGGAGCACAUAAUGCUCUUUUGUUACGAUAUUCCAAGAAAUCUGAACUAUGGACAGCCCAGGAAACUGUUGUGUAUUUGGGGGACUACCUGAAUGUGAAGAAGAAAGGCAGACAAAGGAAUGCAUUUUGGGUACAUCAUCUUCAUCAAGAAGAAACUCUGGGAAGAUAUGUUGGGAAAGAAUACAAGGAGCAGAAGGGGCUCUGGCACCACUUCAUCGAUGUGGAGAGGCAGAUGACUGCACAGCACUAUGUGACAGAAUUUAACAGGAGACUUUAUGAACAAAAUAUUCAUACACAGAUAUUCUACAUACCAUCCUCAAUAUUACUGAUUUUAGAGGGCAAGACAAUAAAAGGUUGUGUCAGUGUGGAACCUUACAUACUGGGAGAAUUUGUAAAAUUGUCAAAUAACACGAAAGUGGUGAAAACAGAAUACAAAGCCACAGAAUAUGGCUUGGCUUACGGCCACUUUUCUUAUGAGUUUUCCAAUCAUAGAGAUGUUGUGGUCGAUUUACAAGGUUGGGUGACUGGUAGUGGAAAAGGGCUCAUCUACCUCACAGAUCCCCAGAUUCACUCUGUUGAUCAGAAAGAUGUCACUACCAAUUUUGGAAAGAGAGGAAUUUUUUACUUCUUUAAUAACCAGCAUGUGGAAUGUAAUGAAAUAUGCCAUCGCCUUUCUUUGACAAGACCUUCAAUUGAGAAACCAAAUAAUUCAUAGACUGUCUACAGUGAUAAUGACCGCUUAGUGCUGCCCACCAAUGCCGGGCUCUCCCCUCCUUCCAGGGACACCAGUUAUGGCACAGCCUGGUCCCUUGGGUUUAGUGCAUUUACACUUGUGAGAGGUCUGAGGGAAGACAGUGUGUUUUGAUGGCCACCACAGUCUGCCCUUGCACCGCACAGAUCUGGUGCUUCACACAGGUUUGGAGAUCAGCGCCUCCAUGAUCUCACCGAAAGAAGUUUACAGAAAGAAGAUUGUGGCAGAGUGGAACAGUUGUGUCAGAGACUACUUGUCCCGCAAAGUCAAAAAUAUUUACUGUCUGGCCCUUUACCAAAAAACUUUGUCAACCCUUGUUGUAGAAGAUGAAAGCGGAAAAAAAUAAAGGGACAAUUACCCCCUAUAACUUCUCAUCCUUGAAGACUCAUUUCAACCAACACCACCUUGAGAAAAUCCUCCCUGAUACCCUUCAUUCUCAUUCCCUCCCUUCCCACAACCUAGACACUAACAACAUCAUGUUUCUUGUGAAAAGAAGUAAGACUCAGAGAGCCACAGGCACCUAAGUCUGAAUUCAGAAGUAUGACCUUUCAGGAAAUACACGCAACUUUUUCUUUUUUUUUUGGAGAAAACUGUUUAAAAAUCCAGACUGAAUAGCUGCUUCUCAGUUGGAAAGGUCACUUUAAGUGCACUGUCCACAACAUUAACUAGAAAUGACCCUUGUCAUCACUCUCAGCAUGUGGGACAGAAGAAACAAAUGAAGAGGCACACCCAAAAGAUGGUUUCUAGAAUAGGCCACUUGGAUAAUAAAUGAGACGCUGUGCUCAUGGACCACAUGGGCUCCUGAGGCAUUGUUCCCACUGUGAGAGCAUGCUGGGUGGCUUCGAGACUACAAGGCUGCAGAGAACUGCAGCAUCUCCACUGGACCAUCAUCCCAAAGUGAUGAAAACACUGUCUAAAGUUUCCCAGCUAUGUAUGUAAAUACAUUCCCAGUAAUGUAUUUCAGAUUUGAUGUUGUAUUUUGGUGAUUGUAUG